UAAAAUAUUUUCUUAUUUAUGGCAACUCAUAUGCUAAUUUCUGUUUUAUCUUUCAUACACUUUUAGCUAUUACCAUCUCGUCGAUGAUAAAAGAUUUGUACAUUUCUGAUGAUAAAACAAUGAUUAUAUAAGGUAAAACUCAUCCCUUUAAAUUCUUUGGAAUAGUCGAAUAUAGCCAAAACAGUCGAUAAUGUCAGUAUUCUUCAAUUACCACCGGGCCCCCGGGCAGUCACGAAAAUUUACCCAGGGUUGUCGGUCUUUAAUAGUAUCUCGUCGGUGCCGACAGGAAUGCCUGGACAUUUUGAUAUGUAUAUGACAUAUAUGUAUAGGUAUAUGUAUAUGUAUUAUGUCCAGGCAUUCCUGCCGGUAGAGUGUAUGUAUGUACAUAUGUAUGUAUGUAUGUAUGUAUGUACAUACAAUACAUUCACACCGGAAAUAAGUUGGCGCUGCAAGUUCAUAUUUUUUAAUGAACUAUAGCUCAAACGAUUGCUCCCUAAUUGCUCCCUCAGAAUCGACAAUUGCUCCCCUUUUAAAAUUAUUAUUUUUUGAGAUAUUUAAUAAAAACGAAAAAUUUCUAAUUUUUAUUGAAAAACAUAUUUAUAAUAACUCUAUGCAACUUUAUACGGCAUAGAACGAUUGCUCCUUCAUUGCUCCUUAUUGCUCCAUCAUAAUUUUAAUGAUUUAUUGCAUUUUUAUUGAAAAAAUAACAAAUUAAUCAUUUCACAAGUAACGCCGCCGCCGCCACUAUCGGCCGCCUAUUGUAACUAUGGCUCGGCAGCCAUUGGCGGAAAUAUUUAAACGUAAUAUAAUAGCUUUAUUGUUCAUAACUAUAUCUCAAAGAGUUUAGUCAACAUUUCCUAUUGAUUUUUGGUAGAAUAAAAGUGGAAGCAUAUAAAAUUGCAGGAAACAUAAGCAGAAUGCAGAAGCCAUAUGCGCAUGCGCUAUGGUAUCUGUUACAGCUUUACGGAUAUAAAGUUGCAUAGAGUUAUUAUAAAUAUGUUUUUCAAUAAAAAUUAGAAAUUUUUUGUUUUUAUUAAAUAUCUCAAAAAAUAAUAAUUUUAAAAGGGGAGCAAUUGUCGAUUCUGAGGGAGCAAUUAGGGAGCAAUUAGGGAGCAAUCGUUUGAGCUAUAGUUCAUUAAAAAAUAUGAACUUGCAGCGCCAACUUAUUUCCGGUUACAUACACAGUAGCGAUGUAACGUAGCGACGGGCUGAACGCUGAACGGGCUGUCUAUUUACCGGUUCAGCAUGAAGAUAGCUAUUCAUCCGUUGACAGCUGAUCCCACGGCAGCUUGGCGUGAGUUGUCCCAGCAUCAGAAAGUCGUUAAAAUAAAUGCUAAAUUGCCGACGAACGAGGCACCGAGCGACAAAUUGCGUGUGGUAUGUAUGAGCGACACGCACUCGCUCACGCCGUUUAUAAAAUUUGACGUGCCCGCGGGAGACGUCUUCAUCCACGCCGGGGAUUUCACGAAAUGUGGCAGCCUGCAAGAGGUCGUAGAAUUCAAUAAUUGGAUAGGUAACUUGCCACACAAGCAUAAGAUAGUUAUAGCUGGAAACCAUGAACUUAGCUUUGAUCCCACGUUCACGCAUCCCUUUUCUGUGCAUACCAGCGGGGAUCACCAGAAGCAUACAGGAACCAGUAUACUCGACGAUAUACCUACCUUGGGUAUGUCCAAGGAUAUUCUUGUGGAAGCUAUUAAAACUACUAAUGUUAAAGAUUAUUUGACAAAUUGUACAUACCUUGAAGAUUCCGAGAUUAUAGUGCAUGGAAUUAAGAUAUACGGUACUCCAUGGCAGCCCGAGUUUUGUAAGUGGGCAUUUAACGUGCCGCGUGGAGAAGCAUGCCUUUCAAAAUGGGAAAUGAUUCCGUCUGACACAGAUAUCCUCGUAACGCAUACCCCUCCUGUAGGUCACGGAGACCUAUGCUGCACUGGAGUACGAGCCGGAUGCGUUGAAUUAUUGUCGACGGUGCAGAAUCGCGUAAAGCCCAAAUAUCAUGUAUUUGGUCACAUACACGAAGGUAUGAUGAAUAUUAUUAUACAGGGUAUUGAAAAAAGGUGGUGUCAAAUUUUAGGAGUAUGUACUAUUCGUGAAAACAAACCGAAAAAUUUUAGUAAGCAUUAUUCAAAAAACCAUUUAUAUCCGAGUUAUAAAGCAUUUUUUAUAGCAGAUAUGCCCUUCGUUCAUUUCAACGCACAAUUCAGCACACCAUCAUGUUCUUCAAAUGUCUCUAUAAAUAAAAGUGUAACGGAUUUAAAUCUGGUGAAUGAGGUGGCCAUGCAACUGGACCGCCACGUGCUAUUUAAUUUUCUUGAAAACAAUUGUUUAAAUGUUGUCUAACAAUCAUGAGGAAAUGCAUAAGGGCACCAUCGUGAACUAUAUUGUCUACACAGAAGAGGAAUAUCUUGCAAAAGUUCCACGAUGUUCAUUAUUCGUCAACUUUAGAAGCGUGAAAGACGAGUAUAUGAGCGGUUGCGUGUAAAUACGUUAUACAAUGCAUACACGUGAAAUAAGCAGAGAAUACAUUGAAUGCUUUAUAACUCGGAAAUAAAUGGUUUUUGGAAUAAUGCUUAUUAAGAUUUUUCGGUUUGUUCUCACAAGUACGACAUACUCCUAGGUGUUACCUUUUUUAACAUGCUGUAUAUUUGUAGUUACAUUAUGGGAACAUCUUAUCCAUUUUACUUAUAAUUUUGGGCGAAACUUCCGAAAACGUCUAUGCUCAGAUUUAGAUGAAACUUUGUGAAUA